CGCAGACGGCUCGCCGGGGCCGCGCACUCUCCCCCGCCGUGCGUCCGGAGCAGAGGCCGAAGCGCUGAGCCGUGCAGCGGUGUGAUCGUUCGGGCCACCGGCGGUCAGCUGUGGGGGACGAGGCGCUGCGGGGGGAUUUGCCCUCUUUUUUCUGACACGCGCUCCCGCGGAACGUGACCGGCGCGGGGCGCGGGGCGGCUGCACACCUUGCCCCGUGUCCAGCUCGCAGAGGCGGCGGCGGCGGGAGUUCCGCCAUGGUGGCGGCAUCACGGAGCCUGCUAAGCCGCACCGCUAGCCGGAGGAGGCACCUCGGGAGCCUGUAGUUGUGAGGGGAAGAGUCGGGCAGCCGACACAUGUGUUGAGAUAUCUGUUUUAGGCGUUUCUUCAUCGGACGGGAAGGAAACGGGGGAAUGUCUAACCAAGGGCUUCGGAGAAACGGCCCGGUUAAACUGCGCUUGACAGUUCUGUGUGCCAAGAACCUGGCAAAGAAAGACUUCUUCCGGUUGCCAGAUCCCUUCGCAAAAGUAGUGGUGGAUGGCUCUGGGCAGUGCCACUCCACCGAUACCGUGAGGAAUACGCUGGACCCCAAGUGGAAUCAACAUUACGACCUCUACAUCGGAAAGUCGGACUCCAUUACCAUCAGUGUGUGGAACCACAAAAAGAUCCAUAAGAAGCAGGGUGCCGGCUUCCUUGGCUGUGUCCGCCUCCUCUCUAACGCCAUCAACAGACUCAAAGACACUGGCUAUCAGAGGCUGGACUUAAAUAAGCUGGGCCCAAAUGACAACGAUACUGUGAGAGGACAAAUAGUUGUGAGUCUCCAGUCGAGGGAUCGCAUUGGGACGGGAGGGCCGGUGGUGGACUGCAGUCGCCUGUUUGACAAUGACCUACCUGACGGCUGGGAGGAGAGGAGGACGGCGUCUGGGCGCAUCCAGUACCUGAACCACAUCACUCGCACCACACAGUGGGAGAGACCUACCAGGCCGGCAUCAGAGUACUCCAGCCCGUCGGGAAGACCGCUGAGCUGUGUGGUAGAUGAGAACACGCCCGUGAUGACCCCCGUAAACGGGGCAGUAGCCAGUGGACCCCAGGGAGACCAGCGGCUCCAAGAGAGACGGGUCCGAUCGCAGCGUCACCGGAACUACAUGAGCCGCACCCACCUGCACACGCCGCCUGACCUCCCUGAAGGAUAUGAGCAAAGAACAACCCAGCAGGGACAGGUCUACUUCCUGCACACCCAGACUGGAGUCAGCACCUGGCACGAUCCCCGAGUUCCCAGGGACCUUAGCAAUGUGAACUGUGAGGAGCUCGGUCCUCUGCCUCCGGGCUGGGAGAUCAGGAACACCGCCACUGGCCGGGUCUACUUUGUCGACCACAACAACCGAACGACGCAGUUCACGGACCCGCGACUCUCCGCCAACCUCCACCUCGUCCUCAACAGCCCAAGUCCAAAUGGUUCCCGUGUGGCCAUGGACAGCCAGAACACUAACCUCAGGCUGCCUCAGAUGAACCUCAGCUUACAGCCAGCUGAGCCUGUCUGUCUCUCUCUACUGCUGAACCCUCCCUACUUUGGAGACUGUCUUACCAACCAGUUGGGCACAACUUUCUGCUUUCUCGCUGUAGCCGCCUCUCCCGCCGUCCCCAGCCUGCUAUGUAAGCAGAACAAGGAUGGCAUUGUAGAGCGCAAGAGAAAAGAGACAGGCUGGCAGAUAACAGAGGAGUCGUAUCGACAGGAGUCGUAUCGACGGGAGUCGUAUCGACAGGUGAUGAAGAUGCGUCCGAAGGAUCUGUGGAAGAGACUGAUGGUGAAAUUCAGAGGAGAGGAGGGACUAGACUAUGGAGGGGUGGCAAGGGAGUGGCUUUAUCUGCUGUCCCACGAGAUGUUGAACCCCUACUACGGCCUGUUCCAGUACUCUAGAGACGACAUCUACACCCUGCAGAUUAACCCCGACUCUGCAGUCAACCCGGAGCACCUGUCGUACUUCCACUUCGUGGGCCGUAUCAUGGGCAUGGCGGUGUUCCACGGCCACUACAUCGACGGGGGCUUCACCCUGCCCUUCUACAAACAGCUGCUGGGGAAACCCAUCACCCUGGACGACAUGGAGUCUGUGGACCCAGACCUGCACAACAGCCUCGUGUGGAUCCUGGACAAUGACAUCACAGGCGUCCUCGACCACACCUUCUGUGUGGAGCACAAUGCCUAUGGAGAGAUCAUCCAACAUGAGCUCAAACCUAACGGCAAGAGUGUCCCCGUCACAGAGGACACCAAGAAGGAGUACGUGAGGUUGUAUGUGAACUGGCGGUUCCUGCAUGGCAUCGAGGCCCAGUUUCUGGCCCUGCAGAAGGGCUUCAACGAGGUCAUCCCACAGCACCUGCUCAAAGCCUUCGACGAGAAGGAACUGGAGCUGAUCGUUUGCGGGUUGGGGAAGAUCGACAUCACAGACUGGAAGUCCAACACACGUCUGAAGCACUGCACCCCUGACAGCAACAUCGUCAAGUGGUUCUGGAAGGCGGUGGAGUCCUACGAUGAGGAGAGGAGGGCCCGGCUGCUGCAGUUUGUCACCGGCUCAUCCAGAGUACCUCUGCAAGGCUUCAAGGCUCUACAGGGUGCUGCGGGGCCUAGACUCUUCACCAUUCAUCAGAUUGAUGCCAAUACCAACAAUCUACCCAAAGCCCAUACCUGCUUCAACCGGAUUGACAUUCCUCCCUACGAGAACUACGACAAGCUAUACGACAAGCUGCUGACCGCCAUCGAGGAGACCUGCGGUUUCGCAGUGGAAUGAGGAGCAUGUUGGCGGCGUGUGAGCGCGCGUGCGGGUGAUUCGCAGGUAUCGCCUCAGAAUCAAAGCGACACAACCCGCGUGGGCCGUCAUGGUCACCACCCGUCUCAGAAGGACUCGCUUCAGUCAACAGACUGCGCCCCCCUCAGCCAGCCGGGCGGCACGGCAGGAUGCAGACGACAGUCUCCUUCCUCCCCGGCCUCUCGUCCAUGUUCUUCCUUUUUCUUUUUAGCUGCUGCUAGAGACUCGAAGGUUUCCUCACCCACAAAUCCCUGUCAAGAAUGUUGCGUAGGCUACUUUCUCAUGUUUUUCAUUUCCGAGUUAUUUAACGGGGGCUCGAACGGUGAAAUGUCGGAGCAGAAGCGGCCGGGUUCGAGUUCAGAAAAUAAGGUUUUUGUUAUUCUUGUGUUACUCUUUGUGUGUGGUGUCGCAGAUGGCCAGUUUGCUUUCAUGUCCUCACCUUUUGCAUCAGGAAAAGGAAAUGGUGAUGGUCUCAUUGGUUUGAAUGACCGCGAGGUAUUCCCGCUUUCAUGCCACUCAAUUCAGGAAGUGGAUUUUCUUUGAAACUUAACAGCUUAGUUUUUUGUUUUGUUUUUUACUUUACAAAAGUCCUGAUGUUGAUUUGACAGCGUCGAGUCGUUGAACUGGUUGAGUUGAGCCCAUUCCUGCUACUGAACUCUGCACAUAGGUAGCCAUAUCUUGCCCAUAACAGCCAUGUUAACCUCAGCCAGUAAACCCUCCACCCUCAUGGCCACAUGGCCGGCGAGCGUCAGCUCAUCAGAGCGCCGCUGGUCCCUCAUACCUCAGCAUCUCCGUCUUGGAGCUUCGUUUCAAAAUGGUCGCAGUCUUAGAAAAAAGCAGAUAGGACGAGUGUGUUGUGAAAAGUGAGCGCCCGUUGUUCUUUUUCGUCAUUCAUGACUCGUUAUUAACCAGCUGUCACACGGUAACUAGUAACUUGACUCGUUAUUAACCAGAUGUCACAUGGUAACUAGUAACUUGACUCGUUAUUAGCCAGAUGUCAUACGGUAACGAGUAACUUGACUCGUAAUUAACCAGAUGUCACAUGCUAACUAGUAACUUGACUCAUUAUUAACCAGAUGCCACAUGCUAACUAGUAACUUGACUCGUUAUUAACCAGCUGUCACACGGUAACUAGUAACUUGACUCGUUAUUAACCAGCUGUUACACAGUAACUUGACUCGUUAUUAACCAGCUGUUACACGGUAACUAGUAACUUGACUCGUUAUCAGCCAGAUGCCACAUGCUAACUAGUAACUUGACUCGUUAUUAGCCAGAUGUCACACGGUAACGAGUAACUUGACUCAUUAUUAACCAGAUGUCACACGGUAACGAGUAAUUUGACUCGUUAUUAGCCAGAUGUCACGCGGUAACUAGUAACUUGACUCGUUAUUAACCAGCUGUUACACAGUAACUAGUAACUUGACUCGUUAUUAACCAGAUGUCAAAUGGUAACUAGUAACUUGACUCAUUAUUAGCCAGAUGCCACAUGGUAACUAGUAACUUGACUCGUUAUUAGCCAGAUGUCACACGGUAACUAGUAACUUGACUCAUUAUUAACCAGAUGUCACACGGUAACGAGUAACUUGACUGGUUAUUAGCCAGAUGUCACUCGGUAACUAGUAACUUGACUCGUUAUUAGCCAGUUGUCACACGGUAACGAAUAACUUGACUGGUUAUUAGCCAGAUGUCAUUCGGUAACUAGUAACUUGACUCGUUAUUAACCAGAUGCCACUUGGUAACUAGUAACUUGACUCGUUAUUAACCAGAUGCCACUCGGUAACUAGUAAUGUGACUCGUUAUUAACCAGAUGCCACUCGGUAACUAGUAACUAGACUCGUUAUUAACCAGAUGUCACGCGGUAACUAGUAACUAGACUCGUUAUUAACCAGAUGUCACAUGGUAACUAGUAACUAGACUCGUUAUUAACCAGAUGUCACGCGGUAACUAGUAACUAGACUCGUUAUUAACCAGAUGCCACUUGGUAACUAGUAAUGUGACUCGUUAUUAACCAGAUGCCACUCGGUAACUAGUAACUUGACUCGUUAUUAACCAGAUGCCACUCGGUAACUAGUAACUAGACUCGUUAUUAACCAGAUGUCACGCGGUAACUAGUAACUUGAAUAUUACUCGAAGAAACGUGUCACUACAAGCCAGCAGUUCUGCAACCGAAGACGUCGUGCGUUCUUUGGCGUUAUGGGAUGCGUCAUUUUGAAAUGGUUCUCCAAACGGCCGCGUCGCUCCGGUGUUUUGUGACUUUUGUGACCCUGAGAGAAGCGUGAACAGUUUUGGGGGGAAGCUGCGCCGUAGUGAUGAGCGUGAAGACAGUACGGAGCGAGCCUUUUUCCUGAUUCUCUGCACAGUGCGGCCGCCGCUUUUGCAAAUGUGUGUAUCCAGGUUGUUGUGCGUGCGUGUGUGUGUGUGUGUGUGUGUGUGUGUGUGUGUGUGUGUGUGUGUGCAUUUUCAGUUGUACCCACUUGUAAGCAUGCGAGGGUUGACGUUGGAUGGCAUCAUCCCUGCUAGGACUAUAACAUCUGUUUCACACCACAGAACUGGUCUGGACCUGACAGGGGGGGACCUUGUUCAUCUGGUUUUCAUAAAGGUUUUCUUCAGCACAGCUGCAAGCAUGCAGGAUCCAGUCCGCUGCUGAACAGCAGGGUUCUGACCAGCCGCUGCUGAACAGCACGGUUCUGACCAGCCGCUGCUGAACAGCACGGUUCUGACCAGUCCGCUGCUGAACAGCAGGGUUCUGACCAGCCGCUGCUGAACAGCACGGUUCUGACCAGCCGCUGCUGAACAGCACGGUUCUGACCAGUCCGCUGCUGAACAGCACGGUUCUGACCAGUCCGCUGCUGAACAGCAGGGUUCUGACCAGCUGCUGCUGAACAGCACGGUUCUGACCAGUCUGCUGCUGAACAGCACGGUUCUGACCAGCUCGUUUGUGAAAAGGGCACGGCUGCUUAAGGGACCAGGCUUGGUAGAAGUUAUUGAAGGGAGAAGUGGGUUUUGUCUUGCGACAUCCAUUCUGAAAGGCAGAACGUUCUCUCUGCAUGUCCUCCCUUCCUCUUCCCCUCCCUCCUCCCCUUCCUCUUCCCCUUCCUCUUCCCCUCCCUCCUCCCCUUCCUCUUCCCCUUCCUCUUCCUCUUCCUCUGUCUUCUUUUAGAGCACUUUACAAAAGAGUGGCGACAGCAGGCGAUGCUUUCUUCAUGUUAGUUGAAAUAUUAUCUUAAAUUUUCUGUGUUUAUUUGCAACCAUACAACUGCAUUAGAAAUACAGAGAAAAAAAAUCUUUAUAUAUACAUAUAUACACACACACACACACACAUAUAUAUAUAUAUAUAUAUAUAUAUAUGUAGAAAUACAUAGCUAUUUUGUGUAUGGCUGCUUGUUCUUUCUAUUCCUUUUAAAUGCAAGCAUGUUGGUGUCUGUCAUAGACCUCUUUAAAUUCUCAGGUGAAUUCAUCCUUCUUCUUUUUUUAUUUGUCGGCUAAUAUGUGAAGAGGGAGAAUGAGAGUAUGAACGGAGCUAAACUGAAACGAAUGAAACAAGUUGAGAGUCGCUGUUCGAAACCGAGGCGGCGCGUGUUGUUUCAGGUUAAAGGAAGGUUUCUUUUUGUUUUAACAUUUUCACUUAUUGGCGCACAUAACGGAGGAUCAUAAACAGUCGACCACAUCGGCUGCGUAUUAUCAGUAGUGUAUCUCAAGAGCCAUGUAGCCAGUGGACACAGGAGGUCGGGAGGGCCUUGGUUCCCGGAGCAAAAAAAUCCCAGUCCUGUUUCCCAUAGAAAACGUGACUGGCUGUUCGAGCACUUAUCCGAAAGAGUCAGAAACACUUCAUUUGUCCUUUCAUUUCACGUACUUGCACAAAUGAAAUGGAACAUGGUUUCCCCAGCCCACAGCAGUGCAACACAAAGCAGUGCAACACAACGACAAGAACUACAGGAACACAUAUAUCCAAACCAACACAUACAGCUUAUCCAAAAAAAAACAAUCACUGUCCAGGGGAACGAAUGCCAGCCAGGAUGACUGUCCGAACGGCUGGUCUGCAUGGGCUAGCAGUUAGCUUAGCCUGCCCGCCUCCGUGUCCUGUCAGACCGCCCUCGGUGCUUCCUCUUGGGGCACAGCUCAAGGCAGGGCCGUGUCCCUGGGCCUACAGGACACAGCAGACCAAGCUCCCUCAGCCGAUCCAACGCCAGCUCUCCGAGCCAGACACCUUCAACACACCUCAGUGCAGCACAUCCUUGCAGUGCAGCACAGCCAGGAUGACCGUUGGACCUGCAGCUCUGCAUGGGCUAGCAGUUAGCUUAGCCUGACCCACUUCUGCAUCCUGUCAGACCGCCCUCGGUGUUUCCUCUUGGGGCACAGCUCAAGGCAGGGCCGUGGUCCUUGGGCCUACAGGACACAGCAGACCAAGCUCCCUCAGCCGAUCCAACAGCAGCUCUCCCAGCCAUCAAACGAAGACAAACUUAGACGCAGACAAGGACAAAGACCCUGCAUGGACGGUACUGGGCGAGGCCACCACAAAUGUGAAUUCGUGCCGCCAUCUUCCCACACCGGUACUGGGUGAGGCCGCUGCAAACUUGGAUUUGCACCACCAUCUUCCCAAACCGGAAGUGGAAGCGGAUUUAUAACAUUUGGAUGGUUGUGAAUUGUGGAAUCGUCGGCAUAAACAAUUAGGAUCUACGUUAAACAACUCUGAUUUGUUAGGAAAAAAAAAGUCAAGGAUACACGACCGUGUACAUACCAGACAAUUCAACUAUGAAUCCCAAGGUGCAUUGCAUUUAAGAACCAUCCAGUCACGGAGCUUAACAUUCUGUGGACUGCGCCGGUGAAGCUUUGUAGCUCCCUGACCCCUUUUUAAUAAACUAAUUCAGCAGUAAUUUCAAUCAAUUCAACAACAAGAACUUUAGUGUUUAUUUUAUUUCUUUCCUUAUGUAGUUCCUGGCUGCUGCCACCAGUCUGAAGUGCAUCGAUGUGCAUUCUACCACUGUCCUCUGAUUGUCCUCUGCGUAGUCCCAGCCACUGUGGCUCGUGGGUAUAGCAGUUGUUGACAUACCUUGCCUGUCGCCCAGCUACUGCCGGGAUAGGCUCCAGCAUCCCCGCGAGCCUGAGAGGAUAAGCGGUCUGGAUAAUGGUUGGAUGGACGGAUGGAUGGAUGGAUUUCUCUAAAACGAAAUGGAAGCAUCAUUAGCAGUGGCCAUGGAACAACACUACAGUAUCACGUGGUCGUUGGAGGGAAUGUCGUGUUUCUGUGUGGAGUAUUAUUGCGGUAAUCAUUAAAAAGUAGAAAUUUCCAAUGGGUAGAUCGGAAUGGGGAAAAGUCUCCUGGGAACCAGCAGCCCUGCCAACUUCUCCACUUUACGUUACUUGGUGGAAAUGUUCGUCAAAAGGAAAUUCCACUUCAAACCGAGGAGAGGCCACAGUUAGGACCCCCGCCCACUUUCACCUUUUCUCUAAACUCCUGCAUGAACAAGCUGCUCUAAAGAUAAAGCCUAUUUAUUUGCCAUUUAUUACUUUUGUUUUAGCAACUUGUAAAAUUCAGUUUGCUCUUCUUCACGCUGCCUACUGUCAGUAGCAAUCGAUUGCAACCGCUACGCACCUAAUGUUCAAAAAGCUUGUUUCUUCUUCUAUUUUUUAAUUUUUGUAGGUGUACUUUCUAGAAACAAAAAGCUCAGAGACUCAUGGAGACAAGUACCUUGAGAUGGUGCUCGGUGUACAGAACCAAGUGUUGUUCAUAUUUGUCUGUGGAUUGCAGUUAACAACCUUAGAUUUUUACCUUUAAAAACCUGACUCAGAAACUACAUAGAAAUGCAUUAACAGGUGUUUUUGUCACACAUUUAUGCACACUUGGGUUCCAAGUUGUAAUCUAUGGCAACUUUCUAAUUUUUACCAAAUAACCAAUGGACUGAUUGAGCUUCAUGUAGACGUAUGCAAAGUUGUUUAUAUGCACACGUUUAAUACUCGUGACCGGUGUACACACAGUCUGCUUCCACCUGUACUUCUUUUUCUAUCGGCAACAAGUUGUCUUGGCUUUGGUUCAGUCCCCAGUGAAGAAAAGAUCGGAGGACAAAGAAAACCAAACUAGACAAGCCAGACAGUUACAUGAGACUGUUGUUCAGCGUCUCCAGACACUUCAUAAAAAGGUUGUAUCAUGCGGUCUGAGUCUCGGUCUAAUUAGAGAGAGCUAUUGUAUAAAGUGGCCAAAUGUUUUCCGAAUUGGAUCAAAAUCUCAACUCGCAACGCUGAUGUUGAUGAAUACAUAUUUAUAUUCAGUAACGCACAUGUUGCCUCUCUUUUCUGUGUUUGAUUGAUUCCACUCCACAGAUCGGUGUAUUAUUCUUUUUAACAAGCACUUUUCUGUCUGGGCUUCUAUGUGACUUUUCACCUCUGCUACGGGCACAUUCAUGUGUGCAUGCGUGUGACUUCUUCUAAUUCAGCUCCCAAGGAAAAAAAAUUAAGUUCUUACAAUUUUGAAAAAAAAUAAAUGAAAAAUCAGUGUUUUACGUCUUUUCAUUGCCUGCUUUUUUUGUAUUUAUUGUUGCAGUGUGUGCUCAUGGUUUUUCACAUCCGCUGCUCUGUGAGCUUAUAACUGACACCUGUACAUAAGGACAGUAAAAAAGGCGGAAUAUUAAACAUUCUUGUACCCUUGCAGAAAGCUGAGCAAUAAAACUAUGCUGUCAGGAGCCGACAGCGUUAUGUUUUACAGAAA